UUCAAUACAAACGGGAGCAAGAUGAGAACGAUUUUAGCAUGUCUAACGAUCUACGCUUUGACCGUGUGUUUGGCAAAUCCUCUCGAAAAAAAACUCGACAAGAUCAGCGUGAUCGAGCAGCAGUCUGUGACGACGAUGAUAGAUCGGGUUAAAUACGAAGAGGAAUUGUUAAGAAAGUUAAACAACAAGUGUUCACAAAAUGACAUUAGCAGCUGCGUCAUGUUGAAACUCGUUACGUAUAUGAAUAAAUUAUUGAAAAAAGCAUCUAUCGAAUUAACAGACGACGUUGAAAUCAGAAAAACCGGUCAAGCUAACGAAGAUAUUGUCACGUACGAAGUUGGUAGAAGUACUGACGAUGAAACCGAAGUACUUAAUAUGGUUGCCAACAAAGCUUAUGCAUUUGUCAAAUCAAGAAGCAUCAAGUGGAGAGUACUUCCGGAAAACGACGUAGUCGUGUCUGCAUCUGAAGACGAAAGUGGAUCGCUUAAUCUUGGUUUAACCAUCGAACGUGCCGACAAUGCUGUUCAAGAUGGUCGAGGUAAAAAGAAUAACAACAUGGGACCACUGAUGGCGGCAGCUGUUUUGAAGAUCGGCGUGAUCGCUGGAUUGGCAUUCAAAGCGUUGGCAUUAUUGGUCGGUAAAGCUCUUUUGCUUUCGAAAAUAGCAUUGCUAUUGGCCAGUAUUAUAGGCCUUAAGAAAUUAUUCUCCCAACAAAAACACGUAACGUACGAGGUUGUCGCGCAUCCCCAUCAUUCGGCCAGUCACACCUACAGUGCCGAUCACGGACACGGUGACAGCUAUUCAAGUGGAUGGGCAAGAAAUUUCCAUGGUCAAUCGUCGAUUUCCAAUCAAGGAGAUUCUUCUUCUUCCCAUGAUUUGGCCUAUUCCGCUCAUGUCAAAUAA